AUUCAAAAAAAUAAAAUAAAAAUCCCAUUGAAGCAGCUCCACCCUCUCUGUAUAAACAGCACACUCAUGUGAGCACGCAUUCAUGAGCGAUUCACUCCUUCAGUGGUUCUGCUAAAAGCGCACUGAUCGAUUUCCAUUGAAGAUGUCGUCUCUUCAAUUCUCUGGUUGCAGAGCCAUGGAUCUAGCCAUGCCUUUUCUUAGCGCCUUCUCUUCUCCGUUCUGUGGAAGAGAUCUCGAUAAAGCUAUUAGGAUCAGUGUGAAAUCGAAGGCUCGUUUUUCUAGAGGAAGUGUUAGGGUUUAUGCAACUUCAAAUGUUUCAUCGUCCUUGAAAAUGAAUCUGAAUGAGUACUUGGUCACUCUGGAGAAACCUCUUGGCAUUCGCUUUGCGUUAUCUGUCGAUGGCAAAAUCUUCGUUCACGCCCUCAAGAAAGGAGGCAAUGCAGAGAAGUCGAGGAUAAUCAUGGUAGGAGAUACGUUGAAAAAGGCGAGUGAAUCCUCUGGUGGCGGCCUAUUGGAGAUUAAGGACUUUGGCGAUGCACAGAAGAUGAUGACAGAGAAGACAGGAUCCUUUAGCCUAGUCCUUGAGAGACCCUUCUCUCCUUUCCCACUUAAUCAUUUCCUUCUUAUUAGUGACAUUGACCUACUAUUCAAUAGAGGACGAGUUCCCAUUGUUACUUGGAACAAAGCUGCUCUGGCAUCAAAUUUGAGAACAUCUUCAGAGAGUUGUGGGAAUUCUGGGUUUGUCACAUUCUCCUCGAAGAAUUUAACAUGCGAGGGAUGGAAGCUUCUGAAUGAUCAACAAGGACCAACAGAGUUACAAACACAGAAAAACAUUCUUGCUCCACACAUGAGCCAGCUUAUUUGUAUCUUUUCUGAAGAAGAUUCUGGAGAUGGAGAAUGGGCUCAUGGGAGCUUCCCGCUGGAUGAGUAUAUCAAGGCACUGGAUCGUUCUAAAGGUGAAUUAUACUAUGAUCAGUCUCUUGGUAUGCGCUGCAGUAAGAUUACAGAGCAGAUAUAUGUGGGCUCAUGCAUACAGAUGGAAGCUGAUGUAGCAAAUCUAUCUGUUGGAGGUAUUACGGCUGUGCUGAAUUUCCAGAGUGGCGUAGAAGCAGAAAACUGGGGAAUCAAUCCUGCAUCAAUAAAUGAGGCUUGCCAAAGCUUUGGUAUCCUUAUGAUCAACUAUCCUAUAAGGGAUGCAGAUUCCUUUGACAUGAGAAAGAAAUUACCAUUUUGUGUGGGGCUCCUGUUACGCUUGUUGAAGAAGAACCAUCGUGUUUUUGUUACCUGUACUUCAGGUUUUGAUCGAGCUCCUGCUUGUGUGAUUGCAUACUUGCACUGGAUGACCGAUACUUCGCUCCACGCAGCUUAUAAUUUUGUUACUGGACUGCAUUUAUGCAGGCCCAACAGACCGGCAAUUGCUUGGGCAACAUGGGAUCUUAUAGCCAUGGUGGAAAAUGGCAAACAUGAUGGCCCUGCAACACAUGCUGUCACUUUUGUGUGGAAUGGACAAGAGGGGGAGGAUGUUUUUCUCGUUGGUGAUUUUACCGGAAAUUGGAAAGACCCAGUUAAGGCAACUCACAAGGGUGGGUCAAGAUACGAAGUUGAAAUGAGACUUGCACAGGGAAAGUAUUAUUAUAAGUAUAUCAUAAAUGGGCAAUGGCGGCAUUCAAUUUCAUCACCAACAGAAAGGGAUGAAGGGGGAAAUGUUAACAACAUACUCAUAGUGGGUGACGUUGCCAAUGUGAGGCCUUUUGUUCAGCAACAAAAGAAGGAUGUCAAUGUUGUGAAGGUGAUAGAGAGGCCAUUGACAGAAAGUGAGCGCUUUAUGCUGGCAAAAGCAGCUCGCUGCACUGCAUUCUCUGUGUGUCCGAUCAAGCUAGCUCCGAAGUAGUUGAUGCAUACGAUUGGCAUUUGAUAAAUGCUACGCUGGUAAGUCUUCUAGUUAUAUUUCUGCAUCUUCGGAGAAAACAUAUGCCUAUUCCUUCACGCACAGUACUGCAUAUUGAUGCAUCUUCACAAACAUUAAUCCCGUUGGAAUUGUUUCUGUUGCUUUUUGAUGCGGUGCCUUGUGCGACUAGCCCUCUAGAUAUCGUGCAGAUAAGCUCAAGCCAUUACUCAAUUCCACGGCUACUGCUUAUUUUAGCACUGUAGAAGAUGCAAUACGUAACUUAUUUGUACCUUUAUUGCCUGCGUUCUCAGUUUAUCAAUAGCUGUAUUUCGACAAAUAAAAAAACACAAUAAGCUUGUUCAAAGAGAAGAGACUGAAUCUAUCAGGCUGUCGAGGGUCAAAUCAUUUCAUAUUGAUUUGGACAUGAAGGCUGAAGCUAAGCCUUAGCUUUACAUUGCGAAUGGCAUGCUUGUUGGAUAAUUUCAUUGGAUUA